AUGACACCACAUUUCAAUUCAUACUCAAUAAACAAAAAAUUAAUCAAUUUAGGUUCAGUCGUUGUUACCUCGGGGCUCGGAGUUACACUCGGUCCCGCUGACUUGCCGGUUGCCGCCCGCUGCUCAAUCCUCGAAGCCCGAAGGUCUAGCUUCCCCGUUCUUCGCAAUCGUCGGAUGGAAAAUGCACCGUUCACCGCCGCAGUCUCGCAGAGGCUUGAGAGAAAUCUAAGGAGAGCUCGUCGUACGGUUAAAUUUUUUCGUGGCGGCUGGCCGGCCAGAUUGCCGCUACCGUUGACCGCGGCCGGCCCCUGUCUAGCCAGCUUGACUUUUUCGGCCGUGCUCAAUACGGCGGCCAAUGGCUGGCGGCAAGCUAUUCCUGGCCAAAAAGUGAGGCCGGCCAGACCUAGACUGGCCGCAGUUGCCGGUCGUCUGUUGGCAGCGCAGCCGCCCAAAAAAUACAGUAAUUGUAUCUACACUGCCUCGACCUUCCCGAGCUUCGAUUCUGAGGCUCAGCAACAAACAGACGACAGCAAUCGCUUAGAAGAAGUGAGAGAAGCCAUCAGAGAGUAUCUGGAACAGCUUGGAGUUUCGAGGGAGGACGCGUCUCGCAUUAGCUUUGGCUGCCCCAACUAUUUGAAGAUGCUGAUCGACGGCGUCCAAGACCUUGACGUGCGUAGGAGAUAG